CAGCUCAUCCAGAGGGUGGCAGUCAGAGGCUGCAGCAAGAGAGAACAUUACAUUGGGGAAGACCCAGGAAUCCUGAAUCUGUUCAGCACUUUGAGAAAGAGCAGCCUCAGUGUACGACUACAACACUACGGACAGCAUGCCAGCCUGAGGAGAGCGUCCCUGCCCGUGCACAAGACCUGCAAGUCGUCUGGAUACCCAGAGAUGUUCCCAGAGAUGAACCUACAUCUCUAUUCUAGGAUAUAACAAGAGAAGACAACACAUUUAAUAAGCGUCCCUGCCAGUGCCGAAGACCUGCAAGUCGUCUGGAUACCCAUAGAUGUUCCCAAAGAUGACCCAUAGAUGUUUCCAGAGAUGAAACUACAUCUCUAUUCUAGGAUAUAACCAACAAGAGAAGACAACACAUUUAGUAAGCGUCCCUGCCAGUGCCGAAGACCUGUAAGUCGUUUGGAUACCCAUAGAUGUUCCCAGAGAUGAACCUACAGCUCUGUUCUAGGAUAUAACCAACAGGAGAAAAGACAACACAUUUAAUAAGUGUCCCUGCCAGUGCCGAAGACCUGUAAGUCAUUUGGAUACCCAUAGAUGUUCCCAAAGAUGACCCAUGUUUGUUCCCAGAGAUGACCCCACAGCUCUGUUCUAGGAUAUAACCAACAGAAGAAGACAACACAUUUAAUAAGUGUCCCUGCCAGUGCAGAAGACCUGUAAGUCUCUUGGAUACCCAUAGCUGUUCCCAGAGAUGACCCCACAGCUCUGUUCUAGGAUAUAACCAACAGAAGAAGACAAUACAUUUAAUAAGUGUCCCUGCCAGUGCAGAAGACCUGUAAGUCUCUUGGAUACCCAUAGCUGUUCCCAGAGAUCACCCCACAGCUCUGUUCUAGGAUAUAACCAAGAGAGACAAUACAUGUAAUAUCCAACAACCGGAGAUCAAGGGAGAAGAUCCCCGGGACCGGUCAACUUGGCAUCAGCUCCCAGUGCACAACCUACACCCUGCAGAUCACCAUGAGACCCCAGGAAUGGCACCUGUCAGUAUUGGCUCUUGUGUUGGGUGCUAUAGGGUGCUGCUCAUCUCUGGGGAAAAGCUCAGCCCCAAGAGGUUACAGUCGAGGUUUUCAGGGUCCCAGAGAGCCAGGCUUCACCAGGAUGAAAAGGAAAAACCUGGCUGUGGACUUUGUCAUCCCCGGAGCUUUUAGGAACUCCUUGAGGGACCUGCUGGGGCUGUUUCCUACCGGGACUGCAAGCGUUAACUUCCAGGCGACUUCCAGCUUGGUCCUGGACUGUGGACCUCUGGUGGAGUCCUUGGCUGAGCGAUCUGCUGGAGCUCACCAGUAUGGACACCUGAAGAAGGAACAGCUGUCGGCCAGACCCCAGCCGGCUCCGCUGUCCAAGGUGCUGAAGGCUGGGACCCUGAAGAGUCUCCGCAGAUCCAAGCAGCUCCUGGUGGAAGUAGGGGGAGAACUUGUCAGGGAUGGAUGUGGGGUAGGAUGGGAACCAAGGACCCUGGAGGAUGGAAAGAACCUGAGCAAUGAAGGUCAGAGAGAAGACCUGCCAAACUCUGUCCUGAAGAGGAGGCUGGAGUUUAACCUGACCGAGCUGUUCACCUGGUGGCUGGAGUCUAAGGAGGGCAGACUGAGGAUCCGACUCAUGCCCCAGAGGUCUGCCACCUACCCUGGCAGAGAGGAGAUCUUAUCUGCUGCCCUGGGGGCAUCUCAGCCAAGACUCAUGUUCCAGAUCCUGCGCAAGGGAUUCCACUAUGUGAAGAGUUCCUCCAGUAAUCCUCUGAACUUCUACACUUGGAAUAUUUCCUGGAUUAUGAAGGAAGUGUUCUUAUACAAUGGCGCCCGACCCAAGCACGAUUUCAGCUGUAAUUUCGAAUCCCACUGUGACCUGGAACAGUCUCCUGCUCAGAAUAACAACACAUGGAGAGUCACCAAUGCGGAGGAGUUAUCCAGGCACAAAAUCUUGGCUGGUCCACCCGGAGAUUAUUCCGAGAACUCCACAAGGGGGAACUUCCUGUUCUUCCCAUCACCGGGCGGUCAGAGUCCUACAGUGGUCACCCCAUGGCUGAGGAGCAACAGUCCGAGCUGCAGGGUGGAAAUGGCUGUUUUCUUGCAGAGAACUGGGAAAUAUUUUCUACGGCUUCAUCCGGACAACGUGGUGAUUUACUCCAUGGAUGCGCCGAGGAUACCAGAGAAAAGUCGAUGGGUGACCAUAGGAGGGCCGGUCGGAUACAGGGUGAAGCCCUUUCGGAUAUCUCUGGAUUAUAUGGAUGAGAGGGGCCCGAGCGUGGCAGCGGUGGACUCCUUUACCAUGAAGAACUGCACCAGAGGGAACCCCCCUGGAGUUAAAAUGACUCUGGACGGAUCUUUUCACUGUAGAAGUGGGAUGGAAAUUAAACUCUCUCAAGUCUGCAAUUUCAUCCCCGACUGUGAAGAACGGGAGGACGAGGGGGAUCUGUGCAGAAACCUCCCCCCAGGAUUUUACUGUAUGUUUGAGGAUGGCAGCUGCGGGUGGGCACUGGACCCCAAAACAUCGGACUGGAGGAUACGCGCCCUGGACGGUUCUGGAGAUGACUCGGUGCUGAUUCUAAACACAAGAGAAUCGAAAACUUCUCAGAGCUCCGUAAUGACCAACGUCCUGUACCCAUCACCUCUGAAGAAUUCUACAUGUGAGCUCCGGAUGUCGUUUCUUCUGGACGGCUUCUUACUCGGUGAUGUAUCGGUGCUUCUUCAUGACAACAGAACUGGCAGAGUGAAGACACGGACACUAUGGCACUUUGCCAAUGGGGAGGGUCUCGGAGUUUGGCAGCAUUUGGUUCUCUCUCUUCAGGGUGUCUUGGAAAGGUUUUGGCUGGAGAUCCACACCUCCUGGUCCAAGGAAUCAGACUCCAUAAUUGCUUUUGACAAUAUAUCCCUGAGCCUGGGCUGCUAUCUGACAAGUAACGGUGAGAUGGCGCUGGAGACGGCUUCCUUCCUCUCCAGCAAUCUUCUCAUGGAGAGCAGCAGCCAGAAGAAAAAUGAAACGGCAUCGCAACAUCUAGAGGAACUUGAGAUCCCGAUUGCCCAAGCCGACAAAAUAGAUUACUGGCUCUUCACCACCUGCGGUGCCAGCGGCCCUCACGGACCCAGCCAGAAACUUUGUGAUGAAGCCUACGAGAACUUUAGCGUGGUUGUGGGAACGGGAAACCUGAGAGGCGUGCAGAUUUGGAGAGUGCCGGAGACCAACAGAUACAGGAUAACUGGUUAUGGAGCCGCUGGAGGGAUCGGAGUAAAAACCACCUCGAGGGCCCACGGGACGGCUCUGGUGGGGAUAUUUGAGUUACAAAAGGACGACAUCGUGUACAUACUGGUGGGUCAGCUGGGAGAAGACGCCUGUCCACGGACCGAUCCCGUCCUGAAAAUGGUUUGCAUGGGCGAAAACAACCAAAUCGAGGAAGAACUCCGAAUCAACGGGAGUGUAAGCGAAUGGGCCGGCGGAGGAGGUGGAGGCGGAGGAGCCACCUAUAUUUUUAAGAUGGAAAACGGAAAAUACAUCCCUCUGCUGAUCGCCGCCGGAGGAGGAGGAAGAGCGUAUAGGGCAAAAACCAACAUCAUCCACCAGGAGAGGCUAGAGAGUAAUUCCACCACGCUGGGGAUCAAUGGAAAAUCUGGGGCAGCAGGAGGAGGAGGGGGCUGGAGCCAUCGCACAUCAGUUCCCUGGGCAGGAAAAUCCCUUUUGGAUGGCGGAACUGGAGGGGAAUCCUGUCCACAGGCCAUCAAGAAGUGGGGGUGGGAAACAAGAGGGGGCUUCGGAGGUGGAGGAGGAGGCUGCUCCUCAGGUGGGGGAGGCGGAGGAUAUAUAGGAGGUAACGCAGCAGAAGACAACAGCCCCGAUGCGGACGGUUGGGAUGGGGUUUCCUACAUCAGUCCCCUGGGGGUUCUGUACACCCCUCCUCUUAAAGUGACUGAAAGCCACGGAGAAGUGGAGAUAAAGCUGAACCUGAACUGUAGCCAUUGUGAGAUGGACGAAUGUUACCUGGACCCAGAAUCUCAGGAGCUGAUGUGUCACUGUGAGCUGGGCCGGGUGCUGGCCGAGGACGGGGUGUCCUGUAUCGACGAUCAGAUGCAGUCGGCCCAGGAGACUCAUCUCCCUCUAUCUCUGGUGUUAUCCAUCGUGACAUCAGGGCUGGUGGCUGCCCUCAUCCUGGCCUUCUCUGGUAUCAUGAUCGUAUAUCGGAGGAAGCACCAAGAACUGCAGGCCAUACAGAUGGAACUACAAAGCCCAGACUACAAGCUGAGCAAAGUGCGGACGUCCACCAUCAUGACAGAUUACAACCCCAACUAUUGCUUUGCCGGCAAGGUGACCUCCAUAGGUGACCUGAAGGAGGUGCCAAGGAAGAACAUCUCCCUGAUAAGAGGUCUUGGUCAUGGAGCAUUUGGAGAAGUGUAUGAAGGUCAAGUGUUGUCCGGACCCAAUGACCCCCCUCUAAAAGUUGCGGUGAAGACUCUGCCGGAGGUGUGCUCGGAGCAGGACGAGCUGGACUUUCUAAUGGAGGCGCUUAUUAUCAGUAAAUUCAACCAUCAAAAUAUAGUGCGAUGCAUCGGAGUGAGCCUGCAGGCCCUGCCACGCUUUAUUCUGCUGGAACUUAUGGCUGGUGGAGAUCUGAAGUCUUUUCUCAGACAGACACGACCAAGACUGAAUCAGCCGUCUUCCCUCACUAUGCUGGACCUACUUAACGUGGCUCGUGAUAUCGCCAAUGGAUGCCAGUAUCUGGAGGAAAACCACUUUAUCCACAGAGACAUCGCUGCAAGGAACUGCCUGCUCACCUGUCAAGGACCUGGCAGAGUUGCGAAAAUUGGGGACUUCGGAAUGGCUCGAGAUAUAUACAGGGCCAGUUAUUACAGAAAAGGAGGAUGCGCUAUGCUGCCGGUAAAGUGGAUGCCCCCCGAGGCCUUCAUGGAAGGGAUUUUUACAUCGAAGACAGACACCUGGUCAUUUGGGGUUCUCCUGUGGGAGAUUUUCUCUUUGGGAUAUAUGCCGUACCCCAGUAAAAGUAACCAGGAAGUGCUGGAGUUCGUCACAAGUGGAGGAAGGAUGGACCCCCCAAAAAAUUGCCCAGGACCUGUGUACCGAAUAAUGACACAAUGUUGGCAACACCAACCUGAGGACCGGCCGCACUUUUCCAUGAUACUGGAGAGAAUCGACUACUGCACACAGGAUCCAGAUGUCAUCAACACUUCUCUGCCCGUAGAAUAUGGGCCACUGGUUGAGGAGGAAGAAAAAGUUCCUACACGGCCAGAAGAUCCCGAUGUGAUCCCACCACUCUUGGUGACACCAGAGAAGCCAGGAAGGGAAGACAGACAUGGUCUACAGUCUCCACCUCCGGUGCCUACUGUCCGGAAGGUCCCCAAUAAAGUCCACGCCGAGCCACAAGGUCAUCCGGAUCCAAGACAGGUUCCAGAAGGAGGACACGAGAACCAUGUGUUCGCUCAAGCCAAUCCACCCGCAGAGCUUCACGGCGCUAGAGGAUCCAGAAACAAACCGACCAAUCUUUGGAAUCCUACAUAUGGUUCAUGGUUUACUGGAAAAACGGUAGAUAAAAACAUUGCUCCUCCAGAUAAGCCAGGGCCAGAGGAUAUAGUCCAAGAGGAAAGCUGUCCGGCUGCCCCCAGGAUUACUUCUGGUAGACUCCCAGGCUCCUCCGUUCUGCUCGAGCCAUCUACACUGACUUCAAACAUUCAGGAAGUGCCUCUGUUUCGGCUGCGUCACUUUCCAUGUGGCAAAGUGAAUUAUGGAUAUCAGCAGCAGGGCCUACCUGUAGAAACGCCAGUGCCCCCCUGUCCCACCAAACACAAAGACUUCAUCCCUAGGAGCAAGAGUAAUCCAAGUCAGGAGAACGUCUAAUACCUCCUCUACUGCCAUCUUUUACCGGGAGAGCUGGGGCUAUGGCCACACCUACCAGAAGAAAUGCCAAUAAUAGAGUUUUCUAAUCUUUGCCAAACAUUUCACUGUCAUUCCACGAUAAGACAAUUACACAACGCCCCCUAUGGAAACCAUGUAUAUUGUACAGAUGUCAACUAAGAUGACAACACAAGAACACUUUCUCCGUCCCGACCAGAUGCUAUUACUCAAACUGUAUGGAAUACGAUACCUAUAGCACCGAGCACAACCAUAACCGGUCAUGACCGUUUCUCUCUCUCGUGAUCAGUCCUGAAACUGGAAACGUGUUACGUCCAUCUACUGACCCUAAGGGGUUUCGGUAGCCAGUAUUGACUGAGAUCCCAUUGUGACGAUGUAGAUAAUCUCAACUCUCGUACCAUUAAAGAGUUGGC